AUGGAUCCUCAAGGUUACAAUCCUCAAGAUCACAGUUCAGAGAAACGUCAAUCUGCUGACAACCAAUCGGGUUCUUUGGUGGAAUCUUUCAACUCGGUACCUAUCCGACUUACUCCAAUCACUGGGCGUGUGUCUAGGGCCAAGAAGAACGUUCCAACUUUCACCAGGUCUGAGCAUUUACGUGAACAAGAAGAGCAUGGUAUUGACUGGCCGUCAGAAGGCAACGGUUCAUCACUUGACUCAGGGGGCUAUUCACACUAUUCACUAUAUUCGAGUGAGGUCGCAGGCUGCGGGAGCCGGCGCGACAGCCUCAGCCCCAUUGGCUUCGAUGGGGAACCUUCGUCAUCCUCGGCUAAGACAUUAACAUCUCAAAAGCCGCACGUACCGGUUUCAAUCGCUACUGAAACUCAGCCGACUAUAACAGAUUCCGUGGAAACAAAGGAUGUUCAACUGCCUGAAUUGAUACACACGACCGAUUCAUCACCCUGGACAUCUGCUUCAGACAGCAAUUAUACAACUCAACAACCUGUUGAGAUUAACAGAUCGCAAACCUAUUGGCAACACCACCGCUCGCAUAGCUCUCUGGAGCCAUCCAAUGUUGGAUUACCAUCGCCUUUUUCUGCACAGCGUGAAAUACAUGCCGUAGGCAACCUGGACGCAGUAAUUGCUUCUGAUCACAUUACCCCUCCCCUCUCUUACAAACCCCCUCUGCCUUAUCUUCUAAAUAACCAGCUACUUGACCACUCGUUGACCGGCGGAUUUACCUACGACCAGACUCAGACGUUCCAGCCGUCUCUGCCGUCUUUGCUGGAUACAUCUGCACCGAGCGACUCUGGCUAUGGCUCGAUCAGCCACCCGAGGCUUGAAAGCUCAAUUGUGCAAGCAUUGUCGCAUACGACUCACGCAGGGAAAUCUGCCAGGCCUCGGCUCAUUACCUCGGAUGGAGCCUCAACAACCUACUCUGGCGCUCAAAGCCUCCAGGAUAGUGGUCUUGUUCGCUAUGUCGCUGAAUUCGCCGAGGAAUUGAGUGGGAUGUUUCCAACCAGUCUGCCCUCUACGGAGUUGUCACGACUAUCUUCGACUCUACCUCCUCUGUUGAAAGCUUUUGCUGUUAAGCUUGGAUUCUGCGACACAUCCCCAAUCGCCCAGAAUUUGAUGUAUCUUGUUCAUCGUUAUCGGCACGACGUCAUGCCCCUCGAAGGUCUGAUGUCCUUGUGGGAACGAAAGGAACAUGAACGGGAUACUAUACCACAAGUAAUGACUCCAGCAGAUAGGGAUGGAGAAAUCAUAGAUGAUUACAUCUCGAAUGACGAGAAUGAAUUCCCCGAACUGCGUGAGUAUCGAGAGGUGCUCAUCAACUCACCAGCAUACUCCUGGCUGGCCUCUAGCUUAGCCUCUGAGCUUCAGCAUGAAACCAUUGGCGAGGAUCGUCGCGCCAAUAUUUCUCAGGCCAUCGUCAACAUGCUAGAUGCUCGAAAAUACACCAUUAGCCGCAACUACCAAGAUUACGAAAUCUGUCCACGGGAGGCUUUCCCGAGAGCUCUCGUCCUCACAGGUCUUGGAAACAAUGUUCAAGCCUUGACAGUCGCGGAGUAUAUAUCCCAGGUAUGGCCUUAUUAUGGCCCAGAGAUAUUGAAACUCUACCAGGACAUGGUAACAGAGAGAACUGGUGGCCCGUGUCGCUGUGUGAUGGCGGACGAUACGCGGAUAGAGACAUUGCCUUCCAAGGGAGGAAACGCCGAAGAUGGUGUUUUCGGCAGUGUGAUUUUCACGGUCACUGGAACAGUGUACUCUGUUGCCGAGAUUGGACAGAUUAUAGCAUGGCUACAUGCUGCGCUCAGCUUAUCGGACCUCCCAAGCGGCAUUCGUGUAUCAAGUCCUGUACUUGAGCCAAUAACGAACGGCGGCAGACCUAUACGGCCCGGCACCGACAUUGUUGCAGAAUGCGAGAUCUAUUCAACUCUGGGAACAGAAAGCAGCGAUACUGUAGGCCCACGCUCUACCACUUCGGGAAACUGCUGGUCAAACAUACUGGGCAACACUGUCUAUGUCAGAGGCUAUCCCACGGCCCGUAGGGUGGAGCAUCAUACAGGCUCUGAAGUUGCCACGUAUGAUAUUGGGUGGUCAGGUCUCGGUCAUCCGCGUGCAGGUUGCGCUUUUGAUAAAGUCUCUAUCACAGGAGGACAGUUCGUUACUGCCGGAGUAACGGCAAUCAUUGGGAAGAGAGAUAAGGCUGUCCAUAUUCACUCCCGAGAUGACUAUGUCAUGCGUCUUAAAUGGAUAUCCAAGAAGUUCGCAGUCUUGUACGAUCUUCGGGACCGAAGAGCAUGGCUGCUGAACGGGGCGAGUGCUUUGUUGCACCUUGUACGAGCCUCACUCAGGCACGACAAGAGUGACCCGUUUAAGGACCUCUUCCUGUUUGAUGAGAGUUCUGUUGAAGAACCAUCUGAUCCCUUCGUGGGAAAGUACGCGGCAAUUCGAUUUUUAACGAACAAAGUCAACACAUCGCUCCCUAUCUACGCCAAACCAACCGAGUCUAAAGAGGAACAAACAACGACAGACGCUGGGGCACGCACAAAGAUCUUCAGCAGUACUAGACGAAACUACUCGCUGAAAGACAGAAUUGAGGAUAUUUACGAGAUUUUGGAGCAAAUCAUGUCACACCAAGCUGACGUUUUCUCCCAAGACGGCGUUGGUUUCCGCAUCAAAUACACUCUUCGCCGCCAAUUAGAAGGCUUCGACUUCAUGGAUGUAGCAACAGACGAAGAUCCGCUUUGGCCGCGUGUGACGACAAUCAAUGCUCGCGGCCGAGGGUGGAUGGACUUCACGAGGGCUCUUCAUGCCAUUACGUUGUUCGGAACUGGUUUUGGGGAGCUUCUUCGGCCAACCCAAGCAUUGGACAGCUGCUUCGGCUGCCUCACUAAUAUUGGGGUGCCAAAAGGCGAAGAAUAUCUAGCAGUCUGCACGUCUGACCUACAAGAGAUUAUUGAGAAACGGGGUAGUAGAAACACCAGCCCGUGGAGACUGAUCGACGAGAUAUACUGGCAUACUCCUGACAAGGCUUUUGAGCAAUGUCAAUGCAAAAAGUCAUCGAUCAGAAAACAUGAUCGCAUCCAAGUCAUACUCCCAGCGUCAAUUCCCGGAUUUUGGGGUCGAGGUUUCAAAAGCCCAAGAAUUCUACCGGCCCAAGGAGCUGUCUUGUUUGGUCAUAGCUGGCGUUUCCCCCUGAGAUGGAAAGAUCAUGGGCCGCCCGAACAGGGUGAGCCACAAGAGGACUUGGAGGAAGUUGAGGCUAGCUUCCACGAUAGCGGUCUUGGAUCGAGUAUUGGCUCAUCUGGACGCACUGCGGGUGGAUCUUCUCAGUCCGUUUCAGACACGGAGCUAGAUCGUCAACAAGUCAAGACUCAUAGCAUCGAGGAACUUCAGCGGCCACUGAAGAGGCCACUCCAACCACAGCCGGAUAUCACAGAUGCUGUCCCUAUAGCAGCAGAGAAGCGAUGCAAUGUCGGCUUCUUGGCCACAGACAAGGGGCAGUGCCUCUAUCAUUGGAACCAGGUCUCCUUCAGAAAACCUUGUUCCGGAUACGCCACAGGACCAGAGUUCUAG